AUGGCCACCCCUCAAGAGUCAAUUACGACCGUAAACGGGAGACGAUGUACUCGUUCUCGAGCCCGAACAGCCCUUACAACCUCUCAAACUACAGAAACAUCAUCGGCCACCCCUCCCGAAGUUACAACGUCCACAACCACUGAGGAGACAUCGCAAAUACAGACCAGCACCGCCCAAGCACCUCCUCCGCCGCCGCCACCUCCCUCUUCGACGGCACCGGCCUCAACAACUACGCCAGCCGACCAGCCAGCACAGCAGCCGGCCACAGUGCCCACAACAUCUACAACAGAAGUAGCAGCAACGUCCGCGACAGGUACGAUUAGCACGGUUCCUACAUCUUCUGAGCGGGUAACACCACUGGCUCUGUCGUCUUCAGAACGUGCAACGGCAGCUGCGCAGCAGCCACCAGAGACUCAAGCGCCGUUAGAAGUAUCUUCUCCGGUCGCUGUGGUUACUCUGUCUCUGCCCUCGCAAGUUGCUGCAGUGUCUUCAGCUCUGCCUCUGAACUCCGUACCAACAAACUCUGACACUGAACAACUAGCUGUUCCAACGUCACUCAUUGUAUCUUCACGCACACCGGCCCGCUUCACAGCUCCGGCUGUAUCCAACGGUCCUACCCAGGACACGAGCCCCCAGCUGCCUAUCGAAACCGAUACGAGGGCACAACCAUCCAUCGUGACAGACUCGCCUGCCCAAGCACGGCCACAACCGACUACUUCAUUGCUUGACUCUACACCAACUGGAGGGUCGGCUGGUAUCAUUGCACCGGAGGGUUCCACUGGCGACGACGGUCCUCUGACUUUUGCGAACAGUGGAAAUAUCGGUGGCAUAAUUGGAGGAGUCUUUGGUGGUGUCGCUGCAUUGGUUAUCAUCAGCGUACUACUCUUCUUCUGUCUGCGGAAACGGAAGUCGCGACCGGUACGAUGGAACGAGAAGAAGGAGGCAGGCCCAAGCUUCCUGGCUAGGUUGAAGACAAUACCUAGCGGGGUGGGAGAGUUCGUUGCGAGGAUGAAAGGAAGCGAGGCUGGUUCGGUGAGCAAUCCCUACCAACGCCAUGUUGCGCAAGCUAGCGUUGGUUCGGUGUACUCGAGAGACUCCAAUGGUAGGGGCCGAUCGUCCAGCGAGCCGCAAAGUUUCUUCGGAGUCAAGCGUGCGGGCUCCAACAGCAGCAGAUCGAGCAAGAAGAGCGAAAGGAACCUGCUUCGCAAGAAGCCAAGCAGCAUAUCGUCAAACUACCGAUUCCCAGGAAUCAUCGAAGACACAGGCUCACCAAAUCCAUUCGCGGACCGGGGUCAGCAAAGCACGCUGUUGGUACUCAAUCCUGAUCCACGGAGCGCGCCUGUCACACCACAAGUCCCUGCAGCGACUGCUGACGCGGCACCAAGGGAUCCAUUCGCAUCUAUCCUAGAUCCGCCUGGAGCUGCACCAGCAUGGGCUCAAGCACCGGCUCACCAUCAUCAACGUACUAUGAGUUCAAUAUCUGCACUGAACUCACAUCCCCCCUCAUCGUUCUACACGGCAGACAAUCCGUUCCGAGACCCACCUUAUGCACCGCCUGUUCCGACCCAAGCUGUCUUACCGAGCCAUACCCGACGUUCGUCGAUGGCGUUACCAGGCUUUAAUGCACUGUCUACGGUGGAUGCAACCUCAACCUUCGCCUCGCGUGACUCUGAUAUUUUCUUUGGAGAGCCAGGACCGAGCAGACCUGCUACCAACUUCUUCACUCCAGCGCCAACUAGUCGAACAGUUCGACAAUCGGACCCUUUCGACCUCGACCGACCAGAAGUUCUCGGGUUUGGAAGUAUAUUCAACCGAAAAGACGUGAACGGAAAUAUUACUCGGCAACCCACGCGAAGUAAACGAACAAGCAGCGUCGGCAACUGGGGCAACGCAGCACCAGACGUCAAUAACUAUGGUUUGUUCCCGAGAGACAGUACAAAACAGCCACCAUGGGGACCGAGCGGUAGGCGGUGA